AUGUAGUACCUGUUGAAUUUCAUCCACCACGGGCCCACGGGCUAUGCUCCAUACUGUGCUGAGCGUCUGAGACGCACCUACAGCAAUGGGGCCCGGACUGAACCUCCCAGCUGGCUGGAACUUCAGGCAACAAAGCAGAAGAAACCCAUUAUGUUUAAUGUCACCCUGAUGAAUGGCCAAAGCAUCACUGUCCCUGCAGACUCUGCUUCCACUGCCAAAGAGAUCUGUCAGUUCAUAGCAGAUAAAACCAAACUGAAGGAUGUCUUUGGGUUUUCGCUCUACAUUGCUGUGUUUGAUAAGGUCUGGUCGCUGGGCGGGGGCCGGGACCACGUCCUGGAUGCCAUCUCCCAGUGCGAGCAGCUGGUGAAGGAGCGGGGCACGCACGAGCGCCACGCGCCCUGGCGCCUCUACUUCCGCAAGGAGAUCUUCACCCCCUGGCACAACUCCCGGGAGGAUCCUGUCGGCACUGAUCUCAUCUACCACCAAGUCAUCCGGGGUGUUCGCUUUGGAGAGUACCGCUGUGAGAAGGAAGAAGAUUUGGUGGAGAUAGGUGCAAAAUAUUGUUAUAUCCAAUUUGGAGAUACCAUCCACAAUGAACUUGUGCAGAAGGUGCUCCAUGACUGUAUUCCAGUAAAACAGCUGAAGUCCAAGCCCCUGGAAAAGUGGGUGAGCCUUGUAACCUAUGCACAUGCUAAGGCCCCAUACACACAGGACCAUCUCUCCUCUCAGACUGUGAAGGAGCAACUUGUAGAUUUUGCUCGCUUUCAGUGGCCUUUGCUUUUUUCCAGAUUCUUUGAAGUCACUAAGUUUUCAGGACCCAGCUUGCCUAAGAACCACUUCAUUAUUGCUAUAAAUUGGAAAGGCAUCUGCUUCUUGGAUGAGUCAGAAAAGCGGCUCCUUGAGCUGACCUUUCCAGAGAUAACUGGCAUCCACACCAACAGGGCAGUGAAAUCAUUUGGACAGAGCUGCACUCUUAUCACACUUCGUGCUGAGGAGUUUGUCCUGACAUCUGUAAACAGCAUUGUCAUUGCUGAACUGGUGGUGAUGUUCCUGGAAGGACUGAAGAAAAGAUCACAAUUUGCUGUGGCAAUGCAGGAGAAAAAAUCCCAGGAAGAUCCUGGCAUCCUGUCCUUCAAGAAGGGAGACUUGCUAAUCUUCACCGAAGACAAAAGGCUGGAUGCAGACUCUGGCUGGAUCUGUGCCCAGAAUGAAAGGACAGGCAAAACAGGGAAUGUAUUUUUGGAAGACAUCUACAUCAUUCCUUCCCUCACAAAACCCUCUAGUCAAGUGCUGAGUUUGCUGAUGAUGUCUCCAGACCAGAGGAGGACAGCUUCACAGAACUCCUUCAUGGAGGAACCUGAGGAAGAGGAUAUCAAGGUGAAGCCUUACACCCUGGAGGAGUUCUCCUACGAACACUUCAGGACUCCUGAGAAGGAAUCCAUCAGCAAAGCUGUUCUCCAGAAAUCCCGUGGGCAUAGUCAACUGUGGGCACAUUCCAAGGAGCCUCUGAAACAGCCAUUGCUGAAGAGAGCAUGCACAGACCCUGAUCUUCGGGAUUUGGCCUGUCAGGCCUUCAUUGCCAUCAUGAAAUUCAUGGGGGACUACCCCUCAAAACAGGCACACUCCUCCGUGGAAGUCACUGACCAGAUAUUUGUGCCAGCUAUCCAGGAGGAGGUCCUGCGAGAUGAGAUUUACUGUCAGAUUAUGAAGCAACUGACUGACAACAGAAACAGGUACAGCGAGACCAAGGGCUGGCAGCUCCUCUGGCUCUGCACUGGCCUCUUCCCACCCAGCAAGUCACUGCUCAAACACGCCCAGAAGUUCAUAGAGACACGCCAGAAAGAAACACUGGCCCCAGAGUGCCGUCGGAGGAUUCAGACGGUAAUGAGGAGUGGCUGCAGGAAGUGGGCCCCUCAUCCUGUGGAGGUUGAGGCCAUCUUACAGAACAACACUAAGAUCUCACAUAAGAUUUGCUUCCCCAACGAAACAGAACUGACAUUUGAUGUGGGAACAAACACCAAAAUCCAGACUCUGUGUCAGAACAUUGCUUCCAAAUUGCAGCUGCACUCCUGGGAAGGUUUCAGCCUCUUUGUGAAGAUUGCAGACAAGGUGAUCAGUCAGAAUGAAGCAGACUACUUCUUUGACUCACUAAGGCAGGUGACAGACUGGAACAGAAGGAACAAGCCAGGAAAAGAUGGGGCUGCUCUGUCUGUGGCCUAUGAGGUGUACUUCAUGAGAAAGCUGUGGCUGAAUGUCACUCCUGGCAAGGAUCUGAAAGCUGAUACCAUUUUCCAUUACCACCAGGAGCUGCCAAAGUACCUCAGAGGCUACCACAAGUGCUCCAAGGAUGAAGCUGUGCAGCUGGCAGGGCUGAUUUACAAAGCACGCUUCAACAACGACCGCACGCAGCUGGCAGCCAUCCCCAAAAUCCUGAAGGAGCUGGUGCCAGACAAUCUGCUCCGAGCAGUGACACCUGAUGAAUGGAAGAAGAGCAUUAUUGCAGCAUAUAGUAAACAUGAAGGAAAAACUGUGGAUGAGGCCAAGAUUGCUUUCUUGAAAAUGAUACACCGGUGGCCAACAUUUGGAUCAGCCUUUUUUGAGGUGAAGCAAGCCUCGGAGCCCAAUUUCCCAGAGAUUGUACUGAUUGCAAUCAACAAGCAAGGAGUCUCACUGAUACAUCAGAAGACAAAGGAUAUUUUAGUAGUUUACCCCUUCAAUAAGAUCUCCAACUGGAGCAGUGGGAGCACAUAUUUUCACAUGACCAUAGGGAACCUGGUACGAGGAACCAGGCUCUUAUGUGAGACGUCUCUGGGUUACAAAAUGGAUGACCUGUUAACAUCCUACGUACGCCUGCUCAUGAAUGCUGUAAACAAGCAAAAGAACCUCCCAGGCUGAAAGUGGAAAUAGAGCCCAUCACCUGUACUUGUGCCAAACUCCCUGUAACUUCAUAUCCCAGAAGAAAUGCCAUUUAAAAAAUAUGAAUCUUGUUGAUCGAUCUUCUGAUCACACACUGAGUGAACUGAGUUGCUGAAACACUACAGCAAGAGAAACUCAAGUGAGCAUGUGCUUUCAAAUAUCUGUAACACUUCUAUCUUAGAUGUAGUAUAAGAAUUCCAUUCAGAUACUGGAUUUACAGAAAGUUUAGAUGGACUUUAAUGUUCUGUGGGAGUGGGAAAACCCUGUGAGGGCCCCUUCUAAUAGCCUCAAUCUCCUCCAUUCAGAGACAGACACACAUGAAGAGCUGUCUUCCUUUUGGAAAGAAAAUGCCCCUUUAUUGUACACGCUCUUACCAAAUGCACAAACUUCAUGAGUCUUUGCAAACAAAGGUAAUUUUUUUCCUCCUCUGGCAAUUUUAAGAGUGGAGAAAUGCCCUUUAGUAGUACAUAACUGGACAGUUUGAAAGGUUAAGAUGCUGUCCCCUGACUUACCAGAGCAUUGCUUAAAUUAGUCUUCUUUCUUCCACAUGUUAUAAUGCUCUUGGAAACCAACAACUGCUUUCUACUGUGCAGUAUCUAGUAAGCUCUGAAAUGAGUCUGGGGUUUGGGCCCAUCACUUUUAGUUGCUCCUAUUUCAAGAUAUAGAUGAGCUAUUCAGUGCAAAUUGGAAUUUAAGAACUCAGUCUAACAGAGGUCUGUUGAAAAGAGACUUUUCUGCUCCACAAAAAUGUUCUGUUUGGAGUUAUGCAGACAUUCCCUCACAAGACAAGAAUAAUAGCUUUAAUUUGUCCUGAUCUUUUCUGCUUCCUGUUUAGCAGACAGCUUGAGUGGUAAGAUUUGAUUCAGCACUUGUUCAUUCCUAAGAGCUUUGUAGAAACACAGCUUUGGUGCCACAGGAACCAGAGUGUGCUCUGAGUGUGUAAAGCAGACACAAACUAUGGUGGGAGCAAGCUUAGCUGCUUCCCCCUCAGAUCAAGUACUCCUCCCUCACUCCCAGUGAAACAUGAACAUGUCUUAAAGCAUUCACACCAAGUUCCUUGAGACACAAUCUGGCAGUGCUGGAAAAGCAGCUCUGCCUGAUCUCUCAACUUUGCCAAUGGAUGCACAAUGGUUCUCUUGUUCCCUCAGACAUGUGUGUGCAAAAUUCAAACGCUGGUGGCAGUUUUGUAUAUGGGUGGCAGGGAAGAGCCCACUCUCUUUGUGCAUCUAAGUGAGUGCCACACCUGUCAGAAUAGCUGAUCUUUUUGCAAGCAGUUAGAUGCUCCUGCUGUAAUGUCCAUUGCUGGCAAUGGAAAUGCUGGAGUCUAAUUACCCAGUGGUUUUGUCACCCAGUGUCUGAUCUAACUAACUAGCUGUGAGAAAUGUUCAACACUUCACCUGUAUAAAGAGAAAUCUUGCAGCCAAACUGUAUUGUUUCUGGUUUUUAAAUAAAGAUGCAGAAAAUCAACCACAAUGUCUUUUUUGAACUGAGUGUUUGCUCCAGAUCCAAAAUCAACCCAAUAUCCAUUAUAUCCUGGAAAUGAUCACAGUAUCCCAUCUGCUCAUUACCUACACAACACAACUUGUACAACACAGCCACGAAAAGGGUGACACCCCUUUCUGCACAUCC